AUGCAGCGCUACUCCAAGGUGGCUCUGUCGUCAAGGGAGCCGCGCCCUGUGGUUGUCACAUGUCCGGCCAAGAUUGAAGUCCGCAGAGGAGCCAGUGCCACAUUGGUUUGCUCCAUAUCUAGCGAGGUGCAAUACACAGUGGUCUGGUAUAAGAACGACAAGCGUCUGGCAGGUUAUUCGGAGGAGAACAAGAAGUAUAGGUGA